UGUCAUUGGUUGAGCCCCUGUCGUUCCCUGUGAGAGAAGUGAGCGUGAACACAGAACAGGAGCGAUUAUUUCCUCAUUAUUGUAAAUAUCGGAACCAUUUUCUAAACCACAUACUGUCUGGACACUCUGACACUAAAAUUACGUUUUUUUUUCUGACAGAUGAAUCAGGAGAAAAUGAACUUUGUUCGAGAUCUUUCCGAGACAACAACACAUUCUCGCGACAUCUGGCAACACGAGUCUCUCUUUUCUGUGCUGGUGUUGAAUCGUUCACUAAACUAAAUGAUAUAAAAACCCAACAUUGUAUUUAAUUUAAUUAUUUCCUUUCUGGACCGUCUCGGAAACACAGUGCAAUCUGUUUUUGUCCAUCCACACUUCCAAACGAGCGUUUGUCCACUUUUCGGGUUCUGCUGGUGAACCGAGCAGCUCCCAUGCAUACUAAAGAGGAGACGAUAGCCGUGUUAAAGCACUUUGACAUCGGCAACAAGUUCUCCUUCCUGCCGGUGCUGCCCAAAGCCUCGGUGCUGAUCCCACUGUUUGUAAAGAACGGACAGCUGCAGACUCUGAUGACCCUGCGCUCAAAAGAGCUGAGGACCAGUGCUGGUGAGGUGUGUUUUCCUGGUGGGAAGAGAGACCCCAGUGACAGAGAUGAUGUGGACACAGCUCUGAGAGAGGCAGAGGAGGAGAUAGGUCUACCACCUGAUGAGGUCCAGGUGGUCUGUAGAUUGUUCCCCAUCAUCAAUAAGAGCGGCCUGUUGGUGACUCCAGUGGUUGGCUUCAUAGAUGAGUCAUUUUGCCCCUGUCCAAACCCAGCUGAGGUCAGUGCCGUGUUCUCAGUCCCUCUGGACUUCUUCACCAGCCAGAAGGACCACCAUGGUACUCACGGCGUUGCUGGGAUGAUGGUGCCGUUGCACUCUUUUUAUUUUGUGGACCCUACGUCAGGAAGCCAGUAUCACAUAUGGGGACUUACUGCCAUGCUGGCCAUACUGGUUGCUGCCCUCGCUCUGAAGAAAAAACCUGAGUUUGAUGUUGGUUUUGACUCUGAGGAUCCGUCAACGUUUUUCCAACAGAUUCUACAUAGAAGAAUUAGUAAACUGUAACCAGCAGAUUUCCUGAUGCUAGUCAUGCAAGUGAUACCUGAAUGUGAAACUUUAAGACACUAAUAUUUUAAUUUGUGUGUGUGUGUGUGUGUGUGUGUGUGUGUGUGUGUGUGUAUGUAUGUAUGUAUACAUACAUACAUGUAUAUAUAGCCAUUUUUAUAACUAAUUAAAAAAUUUUUUUCUAUAUCUCAAAAUUUUAUAACUAAUUUAAAACUAACUAAUUUAAAAUUUAGAGUGGGGGUGGGGUGAAGCAAAUCAAAGCAGAUGCUUAGGUUUUUAUUAAUUCAUUUAAUAGCAGCAGGAUUACAGAUAUAAACAGAAGAGUAUACAAAUGUCCAGACCAAGGCAAAAUACAUGUUAAUAAUAGUUCAGAUGUAUGAUAACACACUGGGGUUGACCUUUAUCCCGACUGCAGGGUCUUAAGGCUAGAUACUAAAGCUCAAGCUACACAGAACGAAUACAACAAAACUGUUGGAGAAUGUGAAAUAGAAAGCGAACUAGGAAAAGUGAGCAAACUGAUUACACACAAGAUACAGCUCACACUAUUGGCAAUUAACAGUUAAUUUAUCAUGGUUGCUCCUUUUUGAUCAAGUAUUUCACAGCAACAAUAGUAAUGUUGACAAGCACAUCAACACAAGAAAGCUCUCCAUAAAACAGUCUCCACUGUCUCGUCCCUUUUACCUCACACGUACAAAUCUCAUGAGGCAUGAAAAACAAACAAAAAAACAUUUUCAACAGAAAAUAAAAGUUGACAAUUCACUGGUGAAGCUGCACAAUAUUAUGUUGAGAGUACUCGCGCUGAUAUCUUGCAAUGGAUUUUUCAAAGAGAAAGUGUUUAAAAAUAUAUAUAUCAGUAUGGGCUAUGGUUAUGUUUGUGUUAAGAAAUAAAAAUUCUAUUACUGAGAAGUGUCUUGAUGUUAAAACAGUCCUAGAGAAUAAAAAGGACAUGGAGCCAAAUAGCAGUGACACAAAAGGGACACUAGUAAACACAGCAGAGUAACAGUUAAGUUAUCAAGGCACACAAAGUUCUGUUGAAAGCAUCACAAUUGAAAUUCAAGAUACCCCUGCAGUAUAUUUCACAUUUAAAUAUACAUGGAUAUUCAUUUACAUGACUGAAGGACAAAACUGAUAGUGUGCUAUCUUCACCACCAUUAGACUCAUGUUUCACGUUUUUAUUUUUAUUUUCUUCAGGUGGAAGUGGCUAUUCGAAGAGUCAGACUGAGCAUCCUGGAUUGCUCAAAAUGAAAAUGACUGGACGCGCUUACAUGAAAUUAGACCACAAUCCAAGACAAAAAAAAAA